UCAUUCUGGAUAUUCUGUCUAUGAGAUGGAUGCUAUUUGUUAAUAUGUACCAAUGACCGUGAGUGUGUGUGUCACCAGGGGAAGGAGACUGAGGAGGAAGAGGAGGUGGCCGUGGGCAUGGACAAAGGCUUCAUGGAUGAAUUCUUUGAGCAGGUGGAGGAGAUCCGUGUCUUCAUUGAGUCCCUGGCUGAAAAGGUGGAGGAGGUGAAGAGGAAACACAGUGCCAUCCUGGCUGCACCUAACCCCGACGAGAAGACGAAGGGGGACCUGGAAGUUCUGAUGACGGACAUUAAGAAGUUGGCCAAUAAAGUUCGCUCCAAACUAAAGAGUAUCCAACAGACCAUUGAGCAGGAGGAGAGUCAGAACAAGUCUUCAGCUGACCUGAGGAUACGCAAGACACAGCACUCCACUCUGUCCCGUAAGUUUGUGGAGGUGAUGUCAGAGUACAACGCCACCCAGUCAGACUACAGGGAGCGCUGCAAGGGACGUAUUCAGAGACAGCUGGAGAUCACUGGGAGGAAUACAACAAACGAGGAGCUGGAGAGCAUGUUAGAGAGCGACAACCCAGCGAUCUUCACCUCAGGGAUCGUCAUGGACUCCAACAUCACCCAGCAGGCGAUGAACGAGAUCGAGACUCGUCACACUGAGAUCAUCAAGCUGGAGAACAGCAUCCGUGAGCUACAUGACAUGUUCAUGGACAUGGCCAUGCUGGUGGAGAGCCAGGGGGAGAUGAUAGACCGUAUAGAGUACAAUGUGGAGCAUUCAGUGGACUAUGUGGAGAGGGCCGUGUCAGACACUAAGAAGGCUGUUAAAUACCAGAGUAAAGCCCGGCGGAAGAAAAUUCUGAUCAUUAUUUGCUGUGUAAUUCUGGGAAUCAUCAUUGCUUCUACAAUUGGAGGAUACUUAGGUAUAGCCUGAGACACACACCGAAGGUCAUGUCAGGAGCCACACACACACACACACACACACACACACACACACACACACACACACACACACACACACACACACACACACACACACACACACACACAUACAGGUCCACCAGUGGGUCCGUUUCCCCAGAAUACAACACACACCCACCCACACACACACACACACACACACACACACACACACACAUACAGGUCCACAAGUGGGCCCGUUUCCCCUGAAUACAACACACCCCCACACACACACACACAGACACACACACACACACAUACAGGUCCACCAGUGGGUCUGUUUCCCCAGAAUACAACACACACCCACCCACACACACACACGCGCACACGCACACAUACAGGUCCACCAGUGGGUCCGUUUCCCCAGAAUACAACACACACACACACACACACACACACACACAUACAGGUCCACCAGUGGGUCCGUUUCCCCAGAGUACAACACACACACACCCACACACACACACACACACACACACACAUACAGGUCCACAAGUGGGCCCGUUUCCCCUGAAUACAACACACCCCCACACACACACACACAGACACACACACACACACACACAUACAGGUCCACAAGUGGGCCCGUUUCCCCUGAAUACAACACACCCCCACACACACACACACGCACACACACACGCACGCACACGCACACACACGCACACGCACACCCACCCACACACACGCACACACAC